GGUGGAAGUGAAAGGGUUAAAUUUAAAUUAGCUUGUCGAGCCUCUCUGAAUCCACUUGUGCUAGCCCGGCCCAUUAAGACACCAGCCAAUGUCAUCGUGGCGCUGACUUUUCGGUGUGUGAGCUAGCAGCGCUGGUAGGCACAUUUUGCGUCCUUUCAGCCUCCACCGGCUGGAGCUCUCACUCUGCUCCUCGGCUCAUACACAGUGUGCAGCUUCAAAACAUGGCGGCCCUCAAAGCGUUGUGCAGAGCGGAGAAUGUAUUCUUCAAAAACCUCUCAGGUCGCAGCAGAGCCAAAUUAAACUUGGCGUGUCUCCAAUUGAGCAAGUCCUGUGGCUGUUACUUUUCUACCUCCAGCCAGAGACGUUCACGGUUCUACUCAGAUCCUGCAGAGGCAGUCAAAGAUAUACCAAAUGGAGCUACCGUUCUGGUGGGAGGCUUUGGAUUAUGUGGUAUCCCAGAGAAUCUCAUCAACAGUUUACUGAAGUCCGGUGUUAAGGGUCUCACAGCAGUCAGCAACAAUGCAGGAGUGGAUAACUUUGGCCUGGGCCUGCUGCUCCAGUCUAAGCAGAUCAAGAGGAUGAUCUCUUCAUAUGUCGGGGAGAAUGCAGAGUUUGAGCGACAGUAUCUGGCCGGGGAGUUGGAAGUGGAACUCACACCACAGGGUACUCUUGCAGAGAGGAUCAGGGCUGGGGGUGCUGGCAUUCCAGGCUUCUUCACAGCCACCGGCUAUGGCACACUGAUCCAAGAGGGAGGCUCUCCUAUUAAGUACAACAAAGAUGGCAGCAUUGCAAUCGCUAGUGAGAAGAGAGAGGUAAAGGAGUUCAAUGGCAGGCACUACAUCAUGGAAAAGGCCAUCACUGGAGACUUUGCGCUGAUCAAGGCAUGGAAAGCUGACAGGGCUGGAAACAUUGUUUUCAGGAAAACAGCCAGAAACUUCAACCAACCUAUGUGCAAGGCAGCCAAAACCACCAUAGUUGAGGUGGAGGAGGUGGUGGAUGUUGGGACCUUCGCCGAAGAGGACAUCCACAUACCCAGCAUCUACGUCCACAGAGUUGUCCAGGGAGCCAGCUAUGAGAAAAGGAUUGAGAAACGCACAGUAAAGAAAAGCCAAGAACAGAAGGCCAAACCAAAGAAGGACUCGGAUAUUGUUCGGGAAAGGAUCAUUCGCCGGGCUGCUCUAGAGUUUGAGGAUGGGAUGUAUGCCAACCUUGGUAUUGGUAUCCCCAUGCUGGCCAGCAACUUUAUGAAACCAGACAUCACUGUACACCUCCAAAGUGAAAAUGGAAUUUUGGGACUGGGCCCAUACCCCACUGAGGAUGCAGUGGAUGCAGACCUGAUUAAUGCCGGGAAGGAGACUGUCACUGUGCUCCCUGGGGCUGCCUAUUUCUCCAGUGAUGAGUCAUUUGCCAUGAUCCGAGGGGGUCACAUCAACCUGACAAUGCUGGGAGCCAUGCAGGUGUCAAAACAUGGAGACCUAGCCAACUGGAUGAUUCCAGGUAAGAUGGUGAAGGGAAUGGGAGGAGCCAUGGAUUUGGUGGCUAGCGCUGGAACCAAGGUGGUGGUCACCAUGGAGCACUCAGCUAAGGGAGGAAAACACAAGAUAUUGGACAAAUGCAGCCUGCCUUUGACAGGAAAGCAAUGUGUUGAUCGGAUCAUCACAGAAAAGGCUGUGUUUGAUGUAGAUAAUACAAAAGGCCUGACUCUGAUAGAAGUGUGGGAGGGGCUCACUCCUGAGGAUAUCAAGGCAUGUACCGGCACAGAUUUUGAAGUAUCUCCCAACCUGACGGCCAUGCAGCAGAUCUAGAGGAGCUUGCAGUGGAUCUGAGAAAAACUGGUGUGGGAAACAGCUGGUGAUUUAGCAGCCUCAAAUAAGCUUAUAAAACACAAGUGGUUGUUUUAGUUCCCUGGUAAUCAGCAUGCAAAUAUCAGAAGGAUUUAGUCCUCACUAAUAAUAACUGAAUGGGACUCACAGGAGCUAACAUGUAUGGUUCUUUUUGGGGAUCUGAUGCAACAUACAAUUAGGGAACAUUGCAUUGUUGCCUAUUACACCAUUAAGUUAUUAAUUUUUACUAAUGUUUGUGCAGCUAUUUCCAAAUGGAUAAUAAUCCAAAAUUGACAUUAAAAGCUGGGAAUAUAUGGUAAUGAUAUAUGAUGUCUAAGAAGAAAUGCAACUUUACUAGUACUAUGAACAAAAAUGAUACAAUAACUUGAAUGUGAAUCGUAUGAACUGUAUAUCAAUAAGUCACUGUAACAGGAUAGAAAGACCUGAAAUGUAAUGAAUUUAAAAAAGAAAUGUGUACUCUAGGUCAGCUGAUUCUUCAUUCAGCACAGAAGGGAAUAUGUAUGUAGUUGUUUAAACUCUUGCCACACAAAGUAAGGUAAAAUGUCCUUGGAUUAUACAUCCAAUGUGAAAUAGCUUUUUUGUUUUACUCUAUUUGGAAAAUGAGGCCUAUGUUAAAAAAUAAGGGUCUAACUAGGACAUGUUUGUAAUAAUCCCCUCUGCCAGAAAGUCAAACUGUUUGUCUUUUUUCUCAUAUAUGUCAGAGUUGGUCUUACCAUACAUUUCAGCCCAUAAAUGUUAAGCCUUAACAUUUUUACUCAAACGUUUGCUGUCCCUUUGCCUUUGUAUAUAAAAUAAAAUUCAACCUUGUGUGCGGAGUGGAACAA